AGCAGACGACAGAUAAAGUUUUACCAGGAAAGUGUCUCUAGUUCAUUUUGGAAUGUAAACUAUUUAUAAAUGUAACCCAAGUAAAAAUAGUAACUUGCAAUGACCCUUAAUAAAUCAGAAACGAAAAAUUAUAAUGAAAAAUUUUUUUUUAUUCUAAAUUCUUUAUAAAUUGUGCUCAAAUAAUUGUGUUACAUGCCGGUUAUUAUUUUUAUUUUCGUUCACACCCUGCAUAUAUUUCAUUAUGGCGUUACUAGGAGCACAAUUGGUCAUUACUCUAGUAAUGGUGAGCAUUAUUCAAAAAUUGAGUCCCCACUUUUCAUUUGCUAGAUGGCUUUUAUGUUCUACUGGGUUGACUCGCUUUUUAUAUCCCACCGAUCAGGAAUUAAGAAGCAUUGCUGGCAUACAAAAGGAGAAACCAAAAAAAGGAAAACAUCAGGAAAAUGAUAAAGUUGCGGACGUCUUUCAAAUUCCACGAAAUUUAGAUAUCACACUUGAGAAUGCUAAAGUUUCAACACUCGAUGUUGUGCAUUUAAAAUUCUAUUCGGACUAUAUGUGGCUCUUGGAUUUUUCCAUGUACACUGGACUUGUUUAUACAUUAACUGAGAUUUACAAUAGUUGGUAUCCAAUUAAAGAUGAAAUUAAUCUCAGUAUACUUUGGUGUACUCUUGUUGUGGGUUUUGCAUUUAAGGUUUUACUUAACCUUUGGGUUCAAUAUUUCAAAGGUGAAGAAAGUAUUGGCGAAAGAUCAACUUGCAUUGUCACUGGAUUUGCAUAUCUUCUUAUAGCAAUGAUGAUUCUUAUAAUUGACGAAAAUACCCUUGAAAUUGGUUUGGAGAAUGCUUACACGAGUUUCAAUCACAGUGCAUCGAUAUUUUUAGAGAAACAGGGUCUCAGUUCAACUGGUCCAGCGUCAAAAAUUAUUGUUAAAUUUUUCCUGGCAGUUUCGUGUGGAUUUCUAGGUUCGCUUUUCACUUUUCCUGGUUUGAGAGUAUCUAAAAUGCAUUGGGAUGCUUUAAGGUACAAUAAGGAUAGGAAAAUUUUAAUGCUCUUGGCAAACAUGAGUUACGCUUCACCUCUAUUAUUAGUAAGUUUGUGGUUCAAACCAAUAAGUCGUGACUAUCUCACAAUACGAGUUUUCAGUGGAAUGACGGAACCACUAAUGACUCCAGCAGCUUUUGAGAGCGCGAGGCUGAUAGCAAUAAUAUUUGUAGUUUUACUAAAAUUGGCACUGAUGCCAUUGUACCUGCAAUCUUAUCUUAAUCUCGCGAAUCAAAGACUAGAAAUACAGAAAAAAGAGGCUGGUAGAAUAUCAAAUAUAGAAUUACAAAAAAAGAUAGCAGCGGUAUUUUAUUACCUUUGCGUGGUCGCAAUACAGUAUAUUGCACCUUUGAUGAUGUGUCUCUUUUUUACUCUAAUGUACAAAACACUCGGUGGUUACACGUGGGAAGGUCUUUAUAAAGGUGUUAAUUUGGAUGAGUGUCCAAUCGAUGAAUCGCCAAUGAUUCCAUCGACUAUAACCUCAGACGAUUCUGAGAAAACUGUAGCUGAAAGUGCUCAAGAACUUCAACUUGCCUUCAGCUCGUUGAAGCAAAUUUUCACCGUGGAUGUAUUCAGAGGGGUCAUGGGCUUUGCAACAUGGUGGAGUUGCUUCGCUCUUUUUGCGACCACAUCCAUGGGAAUGGUUUAUCAGUCCUAUUUUUCUAAUAUUUGAAUAAAAAAUAUUCAGUUUACUUCCAUCCAGUUUGUUGAUAUAUUGCUUAAUUUUAAGAAUUUAAUGAAAAGAAAAGGAGGAAAAAAAGACAAUUUUCAUUUUCAUUAUAUUUAUUUUCUCUCUAAAUUUUCUUAUUUUAUAAAAAUGACUGCGAGACAAUUUUGUUUUCGCGUAUUUCGAAUAAAUCGAAAAUGCUAAAAUAAAAGAAUAAUUCUUUUUUUCAUGUCAUACACGCACACAUCGCAGAAGAAAUAAUUUUUCUUUCAAGAAUUUUUGAAAUUUUAAUUAAAAAAUCUUUUCUUUUUUCAAAUUAAUAAUCUUUUCUUUCUGUAAAAAGAAAAGUGCAAAAAUAUUUUCUCAAGCAGAAGAAAAUUGUCUGUAAAACAAUUGAUCUAGGGAGAAAAUCAUUGAAAAAUGUAUUGUGCAAAAAAAUACUGUACUGUAAAAACAAAAAAGAAAAAAACCGUAAUUUUGAAAAUUUGUAAAUUAAUAUUUUGAUGAAAAAAAAAUCAUUUGUAUUUACAAACAUUACAAAAUUCUUAUUUAACUAAAAUAGAUAUAUGAUUUUCGUGCUAUUUUCUACAAUGCGGACUUGUGUGAUGUUUUUUGAAUUUUGCAUUUUUAGAAAAUGAAAUAAAAAACAAGGAAAUUUGAAAA